UCCGGGUUCAACGGAUUGUGGGCUUGCAGCAGGGGCGGGCAGGCCUUCGGGAACGGGUGAGGAGCGCGAGCCAGGCCGGGCCGGGCCGGGCCGGGCCCGAGGGAGCGGAGCAGGCGGCCACCUCUGGCGCCCACCACUCUCUCCCUUCCCCUGACCCUGGUCCUCCAUGGCGGAGGACUGGCUGGAUUGCCCAGUGUUGGGCCCUGGCUGGAAGCGCCGUGAAUCCUUCCGAAAAUCUGGGGUCACCUGUGGUCGUUCAGACACCUAUUAUCAGAGCCCUACUGGAGAGCGGAUCCGGAGUAAGGUUGAGCUGACCCGCUUUUUGGGGCCUGACUGUGACCUCAGCUGCUUUGAUUUCAAACGGGGUGUUCUCCAGUAUUUGCCCGCCAAGGCAUCUCCUCAAAAGAAGAAGACACAAGCUUGGCCCAAGAAGGCGGCAUCAUCCCUCAAGGAGAAGCAGCCUCAGGAGCCCAGACUCACCCCGCCUGCUCCCCAGGGCGCUCUAGAUAUAUGGUGUGAAAACUGCGGAGCCCACAUCUCAGGGGAUAGCGCCGGGCGCCGGCGCCUUCGGUCUCUGUGUAAAAGCUGCCGAGCCCAGAGAAAUGCCUUCAACCGGGAGCAGAGAAUGUUCAAGCGAGUGGGCUGUGGCGACUGUGCAGCCUGCCGGGUGACUGAGGACUGUGGCGUCUGCUCUGCCUGUGCCAUGCAGCUUCCCCAGCUCCCCCGAAGUCAGUGUGUCCAGCGCCGCUGCCUCAAGAUCAUUAACAAGAGCUUCAGCUGUGGUCUCUGUUCUGGCUGUCAAACCAAGGAGGAUUGUGGGACCUGCCGGAUUUGUGAGCGCAAAGGGAAGCCAGGCCUCAAAAGGCAAUGGAAAUGCCUGCAGCGGCGCUGCCUCAAGAAGCGGAUAAUGACGAGACCCCGAGGGUUGGCUGCUAGGAAGCUCCCAGGCAGGUGGCGCCGAGGCCUGGUACCACCGCCUGCAGCUCAAGCCGUCAGCCCUUCCAGCACUGCUAAGGACAGGCCACCUUCAAAGCUCCCCAGGAGCCAGGUUCAAUGUCUGACAAGGCUCCCCACAGUGGUGACAGCUCAGGGCUGGCAGAGAGGCGUCACUGCGGCAGCUACAGCACACGACAUUGGUCGUAAGACCAGAGAGCCAAAGCGGGGCCAGGGCUCCCCUGCACCUUCCAAGCUGCGCUACUCCAGCCGCCGGCAGAGCCGCAGAUGUGGGGUGUGUGCAGCGUGCCGGCGCUGUGUGGACUGCGGUCAGUGCGACUUCUGCCAGGACAAGCCCAAAUUUGGGGGCUGUAACCAGAAGCGCCAGAAGUGCCGGUGGAGGCAGUGCCUGAAGUUUGCCAUGAAACGUCUGCUGCCUACAGCCAGGUGGGACAGCCCUGCUGUAGAGGGGGCAGCUCUGCCUCGGUGCCGGUCACGCCGUAGGAAGGGGGCCUUGGUUAAGCGGGCCAAAUCUGGGGGCCUGCAGGGCCAGAGGCUGGUCACUGAGGCACUCAGCAGUGGGCUUGAGCAGAAGGGGCUCCCUGUGCUGGCGGAGGAGCUCGGUCCUGGCUUUAUGCUGCCCCCAGGGACUGACCUGGUCAUCCUGCAGGAGCAGGAGGGGGGUGAGGGCAUCCCUGUGCUUGUGCCCAGCACCAGGCCACGAGGUUCCCUGCUCCCUGCCCCCGGCUGCAUCCUCCUCGAGGAGUAUGAGUGUCCAGGCCUUGGGGUGUUCAUCUCAUCCCCCCCAGUGAAGCAGGAGGUUGAGACUUAUGGGGACCGAGCUCCUGGAGCUGCCUCCCCACCCCCUGCAGGCUUCUUUCCUGGCCUCUGCAGCAAGGGAGCUAAUAGGGCCCAACGACAGCAUUCCCUGAAACAGGAAGAAGAGGAGGCGGCCAAGGCAAACACUCCUGUGAUCAUGGAGAUUUAUAGUCUGAGCGGCGCCACCCCAGCAGCAGCAGGGCCCUGUGGAGGCCUGGACAGUGUCCUACGAGAGUUUCUAGCAGAGCUGAAUGAGCUGCCCCUGCCUGCUCACUGGGAGGUCCUGCCGCCGAGGGGGCCAGACCUGCGCCUCAUCCAGCGCUCCCCCUUGUCCACCAUGGCUGCUGCGGUCAUCCAUAUCCAGCCAGGCCUCUACUUCCACGUGGUGGUGCAAGAUGUCCCCGUCCCACCCAGCCAUGAGCUGUACUCAGCCCACCCAUUGCGGCUCACCACUGUGGAUGAGGUGGUUGAACUCAUCUGCAACCUGGAGGCUUAUCAUCUGUGCCCUGGCUGGCCGGGCAGCUGGCGGCAGGGCCCACGUUCUCCAGACUGUGCCGUCCUAGUAUAUGAGGGCCGCUGCCAGGCCUGCUGCCUAAAGCCGUGCACCUCAGGGAGCAACAGUAGCUGAGUACCUGCCUUUUCCCUGGGUUCCCAUGCACUGAGCUGGCCCGUGGGCUCCCUUUCCCCUAGCUCUCCCUACUACACUGUGUACGAGUCAGUCUACACUGGAAAGGCUGAGGUGAGGACAGAUGUCUUCUCCCCCUGCCUCCCCACAAAAGCCAGCAUUUACCCACCUCCCACUAUGGACUGCUCUGAGGAUCCCCACUUUUCUGGCCUGCCCUGGCUCUCCAUGUGGUUUCCAAGAGAACUGUCACAGUCCAUGUCCCCAUCAUCACCCCCCCCCCACACACACACACACACUUUCACCCUAACCUCAGGGACACGGGCUGGGCCCAUGUAGAGAAGAGUGAGAGUAAGGGGGGCAUGGGAAGCUUGGGUUUGGAUUCUGGAAGUGGAGCCCCUAGAGAGGGGCAUCUGCAGGGCCAAAGAGCUACUCCUUCCUCCACUGUGCCUUCCCCCCCCCCAAGAGAAGCGAAAGGAAUCUAUUGUUUUUAUGUACUCUAGUGGCCUGCUUAGCUGGCCAGCUGGGCCCUGGCCUUUUCUUUGCUGCCUUUACCUUUAUUUUUCUAAAUAAACUAUGGUGACAGUGUUCUGA